UCCUCCUCCGCGCCCGGCCCGGCGGCCGCUGGCGCUCCAGCCCCCACACAGGUCCCCGGAAGCAGAGCAGGAGGAGGAAGCGCGGGGCCCGGGCGGCUCUCGGCGUGCAUCGGCGCGGCUCCCGCAUGGAGCCCAACGUGCGCUUCUGGAUCACCGAACGUCAAUCUUUUAUUCAGAGAUUUCUUCAGUGGACAGAAUUGUUGGAUCCUACAAAUUUGGUCGUUUCAAUUGAAAAAAUAGAAAAAUCAAGGCAACUAUUGUUAACAAAUGAAGAUGCAUCCAUCCGUGAUUUGGAGGACCAAAGGAUAAAAGAAGCUUGGAAGAGAAGUCUCUCAACAGUGCAUCCUGACAACAGCAAACUGAUCCCCGUUCCUUUGCGACCUGCAGCUCUCCUGCCUUUCACGGCGCCCAUGAUAUUUUUCUCGAUGAUGUCAGUAAAAAGUCUGAAGUCCCUGAUUUUACCUCAGAUGUCCUUCUACACGUACACCACAGCGUUCAACAUCGUCAACGGAAACGCAAGUUACAAUCGUCGCCUAUAUGAGAGUCUGUUACUAGGGACAGGAGUGAUUGCCUCUUCCUCCUUUUUUGGAUUAUUCCCUCGUCUGCUCCAGAUGCGGUUGCAUAACGUUUUGUUGAAAAAAGCCCUUCCCAUCAUCAUUCUCACCCACAUCAGUGCAAUGAAUGUUGUUGCAGCCCGAAGUCUUGAGCCCAUUCGAGGUAUUGAAGUCAUGGACAAGGAAGGCAAUGUUAUGGGCUAUUCCAGAAAAGCCGGGACAAAGGCCGUGAAAGACACAGCAGCAUCCCGGGUGGUUCUGUUUGGGACCUCAGCUUUCAUCCCGGAAGUCUUCUCACACUUUUUUGUAAGGACCCAGUUUUUCCGGCAAUAUCCAUGGUCAUUAUGGACCUUCAAGCUGUCUUGUACUGUCUUAGUAAUGGGACUGAUGGUGCCAGUUUCUUUUAGUAUAUUCCCACAAAUUGAACGGAUACAGUGCAGUGAGCUUGAAAAGGAAAUUCAGUCUGCAACAGAAGAAACAGAACUCUUCUAUAACAGAGGGGUAUAGGGAUGCGUUUUUGGUGAAUCUGUUUGGUUCCUGCUCGAACACCUUCCUCUCUGCUCGAGGUGUCCAUUCCGAGAACUCUGAGGGAGGUCUGGAACCCGAGGUGUCAGCGCCCACAGGUUGCCUUACAAUUACACAGGCCAUGACUGUUUCAAGGCUGGUGCCUGAGCUCUCAAGCCUGGAUGGAAGACGAGAAGAGAGAGGAGAGGCUGUCCUGUCUGACCCACCCCCCACAGGGCUGCCAAGGGGAUGGCUGAUAGAAGAGUCAGUUUCUAGGUGUUCAUCAGCCUCUGAAGGAUACUGUGAAAUGACUACUACAUUUAUUGAAAGUUGAGUGUUCGAGAAAAUAAAGCAGGGUCCACCAUG